AUGUCUCGCAGUCCCAGUGGCAAACUCGACACCGAUCGCGCUGAGAUGGAACAUAUCCAGCCAGCUAUGAGCAUUCCGCUCUCCCCUGAGUUGUUCGAACAGUUAUACCUCCAGCCCCAGAACAGAGUGAAGGGCGAUCUCCGCAAGACGUUUGGCAAUCCAACACCAGUUGCGUUGGCCGGCUUUUUGCUAUGCACCACACCGGCGUCCAUGUCAUUACUGAACUGGCAGGGCGCAGGUGGAUUCGCUGCUGCAGCAGUCGUUGGUGUCUACUUCGGUAUCGGUGGUCUUCUUCUUAUCUUGGGAGGACUCGGUGAAUGGAUUCUUGGAAACACGUUCCCAUCUACAAUCUUCUUCACGUUCGGUGGCUUCUGGCUAGCCUUCGGUACAACCAUCGUCCCUGGUUCUGGCGCAUACAGCACAUAUUCAACAACCGGUACUGCUGCAGACGGCCUCAACGAACCCUCCUUCUACGCGACUUUUGCCUUCUUUCUCGUUGCCAUGGCUAUCUUGUGCGCUGUGUAUUGCGUUGCCAGUAUACGUACCAACGUCGCCCUGUUUACUAUCCUUGCCCUUCUUGUCCCAUGCUUUGGCUGUCUUUCAGCUUCUUUCUUCGCUGUUGCACAGGGGCAUGCCAGCCGUGCGCUUCAGUACCAGCAUGCCGGUGCAGGAAUACUCCUCGCGGUAACAUUUAUCGGCUGGUAUAUGUUGACUUCAAUGCUACUUUUGUCAGUCGAUUUCCCAGUCAUGUUGCCGCUCGGUGAUUUGUCUACCAUCAUCCGUGGUCGUACCGAGGUGAAGCCAAUCAGCAAGGGUGUCUAG